AUGCCUUCCGGAUCGUGUCUGUGUGGCCAGGUGGGCUACGAAUACACUGGAGAGCCAGCCGUCACUGCUCUCUGCCACUGCACGGAUUGCCAAAAGUGGACCGGAGCCGCAUACACAAGCAACGCCGUAGUUCCACGCACAAGCUUCAAAGUCACCAAGGGUUCUCCAAAGGACUACGAUGCCGUCGGAGCCAGCGGCAAGAUCAAUAAGCACUGGUUCUGUGGAACCUGCGGUAGUAGUCUCUACACCGAAUUGGAGGUCAUGCCAGAUAUGACUUGUGUCAAGACUGGAAGUCUUGAUGGCGGUGCUGCGGAUCACAAGAUUGCUGUGGAAUUCUAUAACCGUGAUCGUCUGAGUUACACGAAGCCGGUUGAGGGCGCCGAUCAGAAGGCGGAAUUCUCGUAG